AUGGCAACUCCUGAGAAAAUCCAAGCAGCCAUUGAUAGUGGCCUUAAAAAAGCUGAUGAAAAUGGCGAUGGAACCGUUAGCAAAGAGGAAUUCAUUUUUGUUAUCAGCUCAAUUGAUGAUUCAAAAUCAGAUCUUUGGAUUACUAAUUUAUAUCGCGCUUUUGAUGAUGAAAGAAACGAUAAAGCAAAAUGGGAGCCUAUACAAAAUUUCCUCAUCCAAUGGAAAGAUCAUUACAAAGAAAUCGAGGAAGAAAAAUAUCCUUAUGAGAUCCUCAAAGUCUUUUAUCAGGCCAUGGAUAAAGAUAGAGAUGGUAAUGUUAAGCUUCAGGAAUUAAUUGAUUUCCAUAAAGGCUUCAAUCCAAAUACAAAUGUUUAUGAAGAAGCAAAGAAGAUGAGAAAGAUGGAUGAAAAUAUGAAUGGAACAAUACAAUUUUAUGAAUAUUGCAAGUAUUAUGGUGUUGAAGUUAAAAAGAGCACUGAUGCCCAUGAUGGAAAAGGCAAAAGUCAAUGUUGCCUUCUUAUUUGA